ACAAAUGACAAACGUCACAAUUGUAACAGGAGCUUCCAGAGGUAUUGGCAGAGCAAUUGUUAAUAUUCUCUUAAAGAAUCCAGAAAACAAAGUUAUUGCUGUAGCCAGAACUAAAGAAGCAUUGGAAUCAUUACAAAAGCAAUACGGUGACAGAAUAGAAAUUGUUGCUGGUGACAUCACUGAAUCCAGUACUUCAGUUGAAGCAGUCAAAUUAGCAGAAUCAAAGUUUGGACAACUCGAUGCCGUGAUUGCUAAUGCUGGUGUGUUGGAUCCUGUAGGACCAAUUGAGAAGCACAACAUUAACGAAUGGAAGAGAUUAUUUGAUAUAAACUUCUUUUCGGUGGUUGAACUUAUCCAACAGAGUUUGCCAGCCUUGAGAAAGACACAUGGUAAAUUUAUUGCUGUUUCCUCAGGAGCAUCGUUGAAACCAUACAGUGGAUGGUACGCCUAUGGAAGCUCUAAGGCUAGUUUGAAUCAUUUAAUUGCUUCUUUAGCAUCUGAAGAAAGUGAAAUCCAAGCCAUUUCUAUUGCACCAGGUGUUGUCGAUACCGAGAUGCAACAAGAUAUAAGAGAAAAGUUUGGAAAAGAUAUGAGUACCGAAGGUUUACAGCGUUUCAUUGAUUUACACCAAAACAAACAAUUGUCACCACCAGAAGUUCCAGCUGCCGUCUACGCAAACUUAGCAUUGAGAGGUUGGUCGAACGAUAUUAACGGGAAAUAUUUGAGAUUUGAUGACGAUGUUCUUAAAUCAUAUGCAUAAAUAGUAUGUAGCCAAACAAACAUAAGCAAAAAAAUUUCAUAUUUUUUUUU